AUGGGUCUCAGUGAGUCAAAGGCAAUUGAGAGGUCCACUGUAAGCUCGUCGUUUUUGUCGAGGGAGUGGGUUGAAAACCUUGUCAUCACGCCUUCACAAACAACGGAUGUCAUCAUGCCACAAUAUGGCUCAGUACGCGUCCUUGGAAGUACUAUAUGUGACAUUGAACGAUUUUUUAAUAAUGUUGCUGGGGGCAAGAUAAGUGCCCGGGCCCACAUCUACCGACGUUCCUCCAUUGUAGGAACGGAAGCGAUGCUCUUUGGUCUGACUCGUUUUGGCUCAUACGUACCUAGAGGUGCCAGCCUUGUCUCCAAGCGCUAUGAGUAUUGUCUCACCAGGGCCCGGAGUCUCGGCAAUAAGGUCGCCGUUGAAAAGUCGACCUUCAUCGAACCUCCGGGUCUUCGAGGUCAGCGAGGAAAACGGAUAGGACCGCGCGGCCUUGUGGUUCUGGCGCACGAGCAUCGUAUUUUUGUGUAUCAAGACGUUCGACACUCGAUCGAAAUGAGUACACAGGCUGUCGUACGUGAGAUGACGAAGGCUCCACGAAUGGAAGAUCCUUCGGUCGAUUCCAACCCCGCCUCUCGGUGGUUGCUCCAAAACAUUGCAACACUGAAGGCCAAUCGCAGCGAUGAGAGGUCCUACUUUGACGAGCAAACUUCGAUGUGGGUGGGACUAAUGGGUUGUAUUCACCCGGCCCCGGGGUUUUGGCACUUGAAAAUACCUGAAAAAAGGCGAUAUGCGAGAGACGAAUGGGCGGCAGACUCAGAGCCUGUCGCUUUGACGACACGCGAUGCUGCGGACGCACCUUUAGAAUUGGGGAGCAGCCUCGGCCCCGAUGCUGGCUCUUUGAAGGGAUCCCGAUACUGGCCGGGGCCUGGGUUGUCCGCGAUCGUGGAUGACCGGAACAUUGUCGAUCCAGGUGCAGAUGGAGCCAAUCGGGCGAUGGCUGUUUUGAACACAUUGCUUGAUACCAUCCGACGCCUGACCCGUGGAGCCUUUCGUGCAUUUGAGGACGCAAAUGCCGCAAAAUUGGGCUGUUUGCCCGUGCUCAGUUUCAACCCGCCGUACGUCCCUGGACCGACGCUUCCGGGUGUAGAAUGUUCAACCAUGAUUGCGGCCGUCGUAUUACGCGUGGACCUCGACGACAUCGCCAUGGUAACGAGCACCCGGAUGGGGCUGUUUGUAAGAGAAGAGUUGCUCAAGGUGCCAGCUCGUUGCUUUGAGUUGGUGUUCUUGAGACCAAAUAUGGUCAUGACUUUCUCCACUUUGUCAAUGGACAUUCCGAGCUCCAGUCUUGGCUGCAGCUCAUCGUCAGUGAGCUGCCUUGAACUGAGUAGUCGAUCAGUCAGGGUGGCAGUAGGCUCAGUAGGCUGA